AAUACACAGAAAUUCUGGCGCCAACAGUCAGAUCGAGGAGCAUUGUCGUGGAAGUCUGGUGGUUUUCAACCAAGUUGUAAAAAUUCAGGAAACAACCCAGAUUUGAGUGAAAUUUUGGUCCUGAUUGUUAUUUUUAAAAGUCGAGAAUGAGUAAAGCUGCUCAAGUUACUUCAACUGAAAUGAGCGAUGGUAGGAGUCCAAAAACUCGAAAAGGGAAGAACCUAAAACAAGCAAAGUUGUCGUUUUCAUCCAUUGACAACAAAAAUACUUCAACAGCCAAAGUGAGUGAUAACAAUGUAACAAAAGCAAAAACUGUAACUGGCCAGAAAAAGGUGGAUAAGGUUGAUGGAGUUGACAACAACUCUUCUGAUGUGGAAAUAAUCAAAAUUGCUGAAACUGAAACUGAAAAAUCAAAAUCUUGUUCACUGGUAGCUGAUCAUUCCGAUGAAUCAGUUAGUAUUCCAGAUGCUUCAAUGGUUGAAGAUGAGCAGGAAAGUGAGCUUGAUGUUAGUUGUGUAUCGAAUGAUGAGUUAGGAAAGACUCUGCCAGGCAAAGCAUCCACUCCAAGGCAAGAAGACCGAGGAAAGAAAAGGUCUGAAAAAUCCAAAGAAACCAAGGAGGAGAGAGAAAGAAAAAUUGCAGAGGAGAAAGCAGAAAAAGAACGCUUACGAAAAGAAAAGGAAGAGGAAAAGAAAAAGAAAGCCGAAGAAAGAGAAGCUGAGAAGAAGAAGAGAGAAGAAGAAAAGAAGAAGAAGGAGGAAGAAAAAGAAGCAGAAAAGAAAAAGAAAGAAGAAGAAAAAGAGGCAGAAAGAAAACGUAAAGAAGAAGAAAAGAGAAAAAAAGAGGAAGAAAAAGAGGCUGAAAGGAAGAGAAAAGAAGAGGAGAAGAAACGAAAAGAAGAAGAGAAGGAAAAUGACAAAAAGAAAAAAGAAGAUGAGGAACGGCGGAAAAAAGAAAGACUCUCUCAAGUGUUUACAAAUUUUUUCACUCAAAAGAAAACAACCCCGGCCAAGAGUGAUGACCAACCUUCAUGGCACAAUUCAUUAACCUGUAUCUUAGCGUUCCCACCUUUCCAGAUCAAAGAAAACAUGAAAUUAGCCCCUACUGUUCGAACGGAAUUUGAUACUCCCAGAAAGGAAAAUUUGGAGCAAAUCCUGCAAAAGUCGAAACCUACAACUGAAUUAAAUCCUCGUCAGUACAGAGAAAACAAAGGAAGAAGUUGUGGUGCUACUUGGCCGCUUGAUAAGGAUAAUGAUGUGGAAGUGAUUGGCGAGGACGAAGCGGAAGCCUCCAUCAACAACGAAGGCAUUGUAACGAUCGUCCAUGCUGUCUCUCAAAAAAUGCGGCCCAAGUUAUUGAAGUUUUGUGAAAAUCGUCGUCCUGCUUAUUGGGGAACCUGGAGAAAAUCUAGUAAUUCAGUGGGCCCAAGACGUCCUUUCGGCAAAGAGAUCAUAUUCGAUUACGAUGUCGAUUCUGAUGAUGAAUGGGAGGAGGAAGUUGAACCGGGCGAAUCUUUGACCGAUUCGGAAGGUGAAGGCGAAGAAAAAGAGCCAGCCGAUGAUUAUGAUGUAGACAAUGAAUUCCUUGUACCCCAUGGAUACUUGAGCGACGAAGAAGGAGAGAAGGAUGAAGAUGAGAGAGCUCUAUCCCCCUCUGCAGCCAAAAUGAAACUCAAGUUAAAGGAAGAGCAAUUUGAGAGAGAGUUGAAGGAGAAGACGUGUCACAUCAAACCCAGCUUGAUCGGUUGUUGCUGGGAUGACCUGAACAAUGAACCGCAGCAUCUAAAAGUUCUUCAGCGCUACACAACUGUAGUAUUAUGUGAUUCACUUCCCAUCAAACUUGUUUCCAGUGAAUUGAACUGCGAAAAUGGAGAAUCACCAAUGGCCGAUGACGUUGCCCGAAGUGAGAAUAAAGCAUCUAAGCGGCGUGUCAGUGACAGUGAUAUCCCAGCCCUUAUUCGCGUCCUUCAUGGAAGCUCUUACAGCAAACUCACGAUUGUUAAAGAGUUUCAGUUGCAUUUGGAACGCAAUAGAGCCGAAGAAAACAAGAGUGGUCCGUCCAAAGCACAAAUAUUAGCCAAAAUUACUGAAAUUGCGUCAUGGAGCAAAUGUACAGAAGUCGGAGCAAUGAAUGGAAGAACGUGUUGGCUCGUGCAAUCAGAUGUUCUUGAUCGUUACAAUCUCACUGAAUUAUCUGUCAUUAAUACUUGGGAAUUCGCUACCGAGACGAAAAAGCGAGGACGCAAGGCCGACGAUUCUAGAACUGAGGAGGACACCCCACCAGCAAAGACCCCGCGCGUGUCGCUCAUAAAGAAAUUUGUUCAGCCAGCUAGUUUAUCAGCAAACAGAGUCCCUUCAUCGCAGGAGAACGAGCUUCCAGAAUCGGAGAAAAAUUCAAAUGAGCCAGCUAAGCAACCAAUUUUCUCAACUCCUAAAGCAAAAAAACGCAUCUCGUUGAUUAGUCUUCCAACAUCUGCAACCAAGAAACCCAAGAGUGAUACUAAAACAACUCCAUUAACCAAUUUCUUAAAGAAAAUGAGUGCAAAGGAGGCAUUGUCAAAAUCAUCAGAGAAUAUAGACGACGACGCAGUGGAAAUGGAUGGGGUCAAAUGUUUUACUGUUGAGUGAUUUGUGUCGUUCCUUUUAAGUAAUUUUAUGUUUAGAAUACGGUUUUAUUUCCCUGCAAAAUCUAUAUGUUUAAAUGUGGGAAGUAUCUUUUUUUCUGAAACAACGUUGGAUACACAGAAAUUUCUACUACGA